AUGACCAACCGUUUUACCGAAUUGGAAACAAUUGGUCCAAAAUUACCGUGCGAUUCGGAUAUACCUAACCAACUAUGCAUUCCUCAGUGGUUAGACAAAGAUAAGGUCACUCGAGCGCAAUAUUUGGCCAAAAAGUACUUCUUUGGCAUUUGUUUUGCACAUUUGUCUGGUUUAGUACUUCUGGUUCAUAUUAAGUCAAUUUUGGUGCCAUUAUUAUCUACGGGUAACUCCCGAAGUACUGCUCACUUGUUUAGCCGAUAUUUUCGGACAUUGCUUCACGUGAAGAGUUGGUAUGACGGAGAUAUUUGGGACAUCAAUAGUAAAAGUCAUCAAUCAAUUAUGCAGGUUCGAAAAAUGCAUAGCAAAGUGUCAAAGAGUUUGAAUAAUUGUAAAGGCGUUGAAAUGUAUGAUAAUAAAAGUUUGUCUCAAUUUGAUAUGAUGAUUACACAGUUUGCAUUCAUAGGCUUUAUAGCUCUAUAUCCACGACAAGUGGGUUUCAGUGAAUCUGCCAAAGAUUUGGAUGCAUUGAUGCACUUUUGGAAAGGAAUCGGCUAUUUGUUGGGCAUUGAAGACAAAUACAACUUAUGUAACGGAAGUGUCGAUGAAACUAAAGAGUUGUGUCAAUUAAUUUUGGAAAAACAGCUAAAGAAGUCUAUUAUAGAAACACCAGUAAAGGAAUCAAUUGAUAUGAGUCGAGGUAUUGUUAAUUCAAUUAAACUAUACAUCCACCAUAAACUUAAUACAAAUAUUGAAGUUGUUCCUGUUUAA